AUGCCGUGGUUGUGCCUCGACUCCUCCCGUGCCGGCCUCCCUCACCCCUGGCACUCUGACCCUCCCCUUCCCCAACGCCGCCAUGCCUAUCCCAAUGCUAAAGAGCCUGAACAGGGCCCCCGGAGACAGAAGAAGUAUCGGCGUAGGGGUCGGCCAGCCCCCAGGGUCGGGCCGGAACCUCCGCCCUCAUCCCUGGUCCGGAAGAGUUGGCACGCAGGUUCCCAGCUGAAGAGUGCAGCAUCGGCCAGCAGCAGUCGGUCCACCUCCCCGGCCAACGGCAGUAGUUCCUUCAUCCCGCAGCCCAGGAGCCACAGCGGCCGGGCAUCGCUCAAUGAGAAGCACAGCAAAACGAGCGGGACCUCCAACCUUGUGCGGACGUCGCUGCGGGGUCCUUCAGGGCAGAGCGGCGGCCACAACAACAACAACACAGCGGGCAACCACGUGCACGCCUCGCCCUACCACUCCCCCGCUCCGCCCGCCAAGCACAAGGACUCCAUGCUCGAUAAAUUCAAGCUUUUCAACCACAAGGAGAAGGAUGCGAGGAAUAAAACGACUAGCAGCAGCGGCGUGAGCAAGCGGACGAGCAGUAGCAGUGGCUUCAGUAGUGCCAGGUCGGAGCGAUCAGAUUCUUCCACUAGUGUGUGUUCUGACGCCAAGCCGCCGCCCCUGCCGCCCCAUCAGAGCUUGCCAGUGAGCACCAGCAGCAGCAGCAGUGACCAGGCGAGCCACGCUGACGUGCAGCAGGGAGGCGCGCCGCCCCCCGCCAAACCUCAGGGACUUCGCGGCAUCAGGUCAAAGUUUUCCAAAUCGAGCAGUAAGGACAGCAAGGAAUCUCCGAAGUCUUCACGGAAGGAGAAGGAACGGGAAGAGCGGGAGGGAUCGCGAGGCUCGCCGCGGGGAGGCCACAAGGCGCACCGCGAUCCCCGUGCUGAGCGGGGCGAGAGCCGCGAAAGAAGCGGCCGCGAGGAGCGCUCCGGCAAGAAGAGUGAGAAGCUUACUCUGGAGCUGGAUGGCGGGUCCCGCUCCCGGUCCCAGCCACCCCCGCACUCCCAGCCCGACCAGGCCAAGGAGUCACGGGUCGCAGCCUCGCGCCAGGACGCCUCGGCACAGUUCGCUGAUCCCCAGGUGCCCCCUGCGCUGCCGCCCAAAGAGAACUCCCACAAGGACAACUCAGCGAUGCUGGCUGACCAGAACUCGGUGGCGAUGCAGCAGCAGCACCACCACCACCACCAGCAACAACAGCACCAGCAACACCAGCAGCACCAGCAGCAGGUGGAGCCUGGAAUAGCGACCACACCUGGCAGCCCCCUUCCCCCAGGCACGCCAGGCACCGGCAUCCCCAAGCCCACGGCCCACGUCAAGGGCCAGACCAAGGCAGCUCCUCCUGAGCGAACGGGCCCCACCACCCCGACGUCUUCGCCCAAUGUGAACACUCCCCACCAGGCCAAGGACUACAACAAGAUGGUUCGCCACCAAUCAAGCUCCUCGACCCCCAAGGGCAGCAGCAGCAGCGGCGCGCCACGCACCACCACCACUCCUGCAGGUGUUGAUCCCAAUUGUCCUCAAGAGCCGCGGGACCCCAAGGGUUCGCUGCCACGCCAGAAGCAGCUGGGCAGACGUGAGGAGCCCGCCGCGGGCAUCAGCGUGGCGCUGGUGAGCCCGAUGCCCAUCCCGCGGGACAAGGACCACCUGGUCACUCCUUCAGAGUCGGGCUCCAACAUCAGCGAGUCGUCGCAGAGCAACAGCGGCCACAGCAACAGCAACUCGUCCGGCAACUCGUCCGUCAUCUACAAGCCCACCAGCUCCGAGGACGACAGCGUCACCGACUACAAGAUGGGAAGGUAAGCGAUGGAUGCAUGGCGGCACAGG